UCGAAUCUGAGGCGCGACACACGACACAAAAAGAAAAGAAUAACGUUGUCCACCACUUUCUCUCUCUAUACAUACACCUAUCACAUUUGCAUCUUUUCUUAGAGAGAGAAAGUUUCUCUCUCUAUACAUACACCUAUCACAUUUGCAUCUUUUCUUAGAGAGAGAAAGUUAAGACUAGUGAUGGCAUAAAAGCUCCUCCUCAUCAGCCUAGCCUUUUGAGUUCUCCAUACACGAUAGGUAGGUACACUGUGAGACGGACAGAGAGAGUUCCUGUUAUAUUUAAUCUGCCUUUUCGUCUACAUAUUUAGAGAGAGAAGGAAACUGCACUGUUCUGCUUUCUAGAGAGAGAAAGUGAGGUGCUCGGAUGGGGAGUUCAGGGCAGGGGCAGAGCAACUACGAUCUGUCGUUUAAGAUCCUGCUCAUCGGAGAUUCCGCCGUCGGCAAGAGCAGCCUGCUCGUCAGUUUCAUUUCCAACGUAGUAGACGAUCUUUCCCCUACCGUAGGCGUGGAUUUUAAGAUCAAGUUUCUCACAGUUGGUGGGAAGAAACUGAAGCUUACCAUUUGGGACACAGCUGGGCAAGAGAGAUUUAGAACGUUAACAAGCUCAUAUUAUAGAGGUGCUCAUGGAAUCAUUCUUGUUUAUGACGUUACAAGAAGAGAUACAUUUACAAAUUUAUCUGAUGUAUGGGCUAAGGAACUGGAGCUCUACUCCACUAAUGAGGAUUGCUUAAAGAUGCUUGUUGGAAAUAAAGUUGAUAGGGAAUCUGAACGAGUUGUUAGCAGGGAAGAAGGGAUGAGUCUUGCAAAAGAGCUCGGAUGUCUGUUCUUGGAAUGCAGUGCUAGAACUCGAGAAAACGUUGAGCAAUGUUUCGCAGAACUAGCAUUGAAGAUAAUGGAGGUGCCGAGACUGCUCGAAGAAGGAUCAACGGUGAAGAGAAAUAUCUUGAAACAGAAACAAGAACAUCAAACGCCUUCCAGCGGUGGUUGCUGCUCUUAAAAUCGCAAAAACAACAUUUUACAUGCUUUCUCAAGGGCAGGUUUCAAGUUCAGAAUGUGUAAAUUAUAAUUUGCUUCUUUUCCCUCUAUUGCUUUCGUGCUACGGGUGGCACCAUGUGUACGUGCUGCUGUUUAUUGUAACAACUGUUGGCUCGUGUAAAGUUGUUGACCGGUUUGGUGUUUUUGAUCUCUAUUAGUUAUGUUGAGGAUACACCUAAAUCAACGCUUUUUACGUCCUCAUAAUUUGGCUUUUAUGUAAAUGCAUCUUUUGCUUA